UCCCUGUGGCCUCAAAGGAGUCACCUAUUUUGGGAAUUGGUGUUCAUUUUUGACCAUUGGCUUUGCAAUAAUUAUGUUUGGAGUUGUGGCUAUUAUCAUCAUUUACUCUGUUCAUUUCUCCGCAUCCAACAGACUCGGUUCUCUGGAAUCAAGGAUUAACGACAAAGCUGAUGCUCUUACAAAAUUGAUUGACAAGCUGAAAGAAGGUUGUCCAGAUUUGCCCACAUUGCCCGCCUCAUUGGAAGAAUUAAUUACCAAACGACACAAAUUUAAUUAG